UUCUAAGAAUGGAAUAUGAUAAUAACCUAAUAUCGAAAGAUACAUAUAUUUCUAUUAUUCAAAAGAUAUUAAACACUAACGAAUUUGAAUUUAUUGAUUGGAAAGUUGGUACGACAUACAAGAAACAUUUAAAUGCAGAAUGUACAAUAAAAUUAAAUCAAGAAUCAAAGGUAACAAAUUUAAAUUUUUUUAUAAAAUUUAAAACUGGGCACAAAUCAGAAAUUGAUUGGAAAGAUAAAAUAGAAGUAAAGUUUUAUAAAACUUUAAAUGGAGAACAAAGAUGGGUACCACGAAUGUACGACUAUAUCCAAAAUCAAUGUCUUAUUUUAGAAGAUUUAUCAACCAGAGGCUAUAUGGUAUCGGAAAUGAUCGAUUUUGAUUUUAAUCAUUGUAUUGUUGCAUUAAAAACGAUCGCCCGUUUACAUGCUUAUGGUUUUAAAAAAUUACAUAACAACCAAUAUUCUGGACUGUCUGAAAAAAGUUUUGGAAAUGGUACCUUCAAUAAUUGGUUUAAUAGAAGUGUUGAUUUAUUAUCGAAAAUUUUAGACUUAACACAAAAUGAUAAUGAAUUGAAGAAAAACUUUAGAAGUACAUGUAAAUCUUUGUAUGACAUAUUAACGAAUGAAAAGUAUCCAAAAUCACUGUGUCAUACUAAAUUACUACGAAAAAAUAUAAUGUUUAAAUACGAUAACGAGAAGAAGCCAAUAUGUAGUUGUUUGAUAAAUUUUCAAUCGAUUUCAGCUUUACUACCAACUGUUGAUGUGUUCAUGUUUUUGUAUGCAAACACAUCUUCUAAAUUCCGUGAGUGUCAUUUGUUUGAAUUAACAGAAUAUUACUACAAAGAACUUUCUGAACAACUUGAAAAAUAUCAAUUGAAAGCGUAUCACAUAUUUAACAAAAUUGAUUUUGAGUCAACAUGUAUUGACAUGGUUAAUUUUGGGAGAAUUAUUUGUUUGAUUAAAACAAUAUUUCAAGAAACGAAAAUGAAUGACAAAUUAUCGCAUAGUGAAAACCCUUUCGAUUAUAUUCUUCAUAAUCAAAUCGAUGAUAUUCUCCACGAAUUAGUUCUUAAACAUAACAAAAAAAUGCCGUCCAAAAUGCUGGAGGAAAUUCAAGAAAUCUCAACUACUGGUAAUAUUACAAAAGAACUAUGUUUCAAAUUAAUUAAAGAGAAAUUUAAGUCUGAUGUUGUACUAGAAAAAUUUUCGUGUUAUUUCCCAAACACAAGAAGUGGAUAUCUUGGAUCACAUAAAACUUUAAGUAUAGAUAUUAUAAAUAGCGAUUUACAACCAGUAAAUGUUAAAUAUUUUGUGAAAUUUCUUCCUGAGGAACCAGGUCAACUUGAAUUGUUAGAAUUAUUCAAUGGAUUUAAACGUGAAAUAAUUACAUACAAGGAAAUAUUUGAAACAUUGAAAAAAUUGGGAGUUCAAAUAGAUACAAUAUCUCCUAGUUGUCACGUGGUUGGACACAAUUUUAUAUUAGUUGAUCUGCUAGUUGAUUAUAAAACUGUUCAUAAAUACAAAAUGUUUGAUUAUAAACAUCUCAAUACAAUGUACAAAAGUUUAGCUCGACUCCACGCUGGUAGUAUAAUUUGGGAAGAAAAACUAACUGAACAAGAAGGAAAACGUAUGUUAAUAAGUGAAAAGUAUAGUGGUUUAUUUGUUGAAUGUAUGUAUAAUAAUCCAUCGAUACUUAAAGGAGUGCGAAAUGGAAUAAGUGUUGUAAAUAAUCAUCUGCUAAAAAUGAUAGAUCCUUUUUCUUUGGAACAAAAAUUGCAAAAAUUAUGUGAAAAAAUUCCACAUUUCACAACGGCAUCGUCAAAUUAUCGUAAUGUUUUAAAUCAUGGUGAUCUUUGGUCCAGUAAUAUAAUGUUCGAAUAUUCUGAAGAUAAUGAACCUAUUCAUUGUCGGUUUGUAGAUUUUCAAAUGGGUCGUUAUUUACCACAAUCACAUGACGUAAUGUGUUCUUUAUAUUUAACAACAUCAUCGGAAGUACGUGAAAAACAUAAGUUGAAAUUGUUAACAAAUUAUUAUUCAUAUUUUAAAGCAGAGUUACAAGAGCAUGAUAUUGAUUGUGACAGCAUUAUAACAUUCGAAGAAUUUUUACAAAGUUGUGAGGAAAUGGAACCAUUUGCUAUGCAACAGAAAGCAGGGUAUUAUCAUUUUAUAAUGCAAACGGCUGAAUAUGAAAAAGAAUAUUUAGCAAGUCCUGAAUUACAGAAUCGAUAUUUCAUUCAAAGUGACCGUUCUGAUAUGAUAAUACGAAAUUGCGUAAAUGAUAUUUAUCGAGAAUUGAUAUUGGAUUCUCAUAUUCCCUUAUUAAAUUAUUUAAAAACAUUGUAACUUGAAGAAUGCAGAAAGGGAUCUGAUUUAAACUAACCGGCUCAGCCGUGCGAGUUUGCACGCAUUCGACUUUACUCUAGGCUAGUAAGGUUACUCACUGGGAGGUUGCGGAUUCGAAUCCAGGCAGUAGCAUUCUGAUCAAUUAUAAUUAACAAAUAUAUAUUUAUAAUUAUGGAGCGGUAAAUUGAUCACACUGUCGUCGCUGGGAGAAAAACGAUGUACCCGAUUCCA